UGAAGUGGGGAAAAUGCUGAGUCGUGUCAGGGUUUGGGACUCAUUCCCACCCCUCUCUCUUCCCCCUGUAGGUCACAGAGCCGUGUACGUGGGCGUCCAUGUUCCUCUGGGUCGAGAGAGUCGCCGGCGGCACCGGCACCGAGGACACCGACACCACCGGAAACGCAGGGACCGCUCCGACCGGGAGGACGGGCAAGAGUCGCCAUCAAACGACACGCCGUCCCAGAGGGUGCAGUUCAUCCUGGGGACGGAGGACGGAGACGAGGAGCACAUUCCCCACGACCUGUUCACCGAACUGGACGAGAUCACCUUCAGAGACGGAGACUUCCAGGAGUGGAAGGAGACGGCCAG